CAUUUGUUUACAAACUAGUCAAAGAUAAUAUUAUAGCUGGAAUGUUAUGAAACAGACCGGCAGGAGAACUACUGUGUUAGAAGUUUUGUAUGUAUGAGAAAAGUUAUAUUUGGGGGCGUGAAAGAGACAAAAUAUGAACAUUUGUAGAAAUAUACUGCAGAGGAGAUCAUGUUUUUUAAUCAACAAUUUGAUGUAUUCCAAAAAAGCAGAGGCCGGUGGCACAAUAGCUGGGCUUGGAAAACGGAAGAAACUUGGCAAAUUAGGUCCUGUAAUGGAGAAAAAGGUUCUUCCUGUAGAAACAGAUCCAGCUAGGUUAGUGUCUUAUGUUUGUGGUAGUAACAUAUACAAAGAAGGUGAAGAUAUCAAACUGAAGGAAGAUUCUGAGUAUCCAGAUUGGCUUUGGAACAUACAUACAGGCAAGCCACCUGCUUUAGAGGAAUUGGAUCCUAACACUAAAGAGUAUUGGAGAAGACUGAGGAAAAUGGCAUUGAGAAGAAAUAAUCAGUUGCAAAAGAUAAAGAAGUUUUAGGUGCAUCUGUGUACUGUGCAUGGUGAAAUAAGUGAUACAUCGAAAGUGUAGAUAAAGAGCUGUUUUAUUUAAUAGACUAUAAUUGUUUGUAUUAUACAUUUUUCAAAAUAUAUGCUGUAAAAUGUA